GUGUGAGUGCAGGUGCCUUUAUGCCUGGUGGCCUCCGCUGGGAGUGGAAAGCAGCGUCCAGCUGAGGAAGUAAUUAGUGCUGCCAGAAGCAGGAAGCAGAGAUGCUCUGAGGGCUGGGCUCCCUUUGCAGAGAGAUAUAAAUAGCUGGUCCCCGGGAGGAGAUGGAGCGCUAUACACACGGGAGUGGACGUGUCCACAAUCUGCAGGAGCUCCGGCGAAGUGCCUCGCUGGCCACCAAGGUCUUUAUCCAGAGAGACUACAGCGAUGGGACUAUCUGCCAGUUCCAGACCAAAUUCCCCCCAGAGCUGGACAGCCGGAUUGAGCGGCAGCUCUUCGAAGAGACUGUGAAGACCCUCAAUGGCUUUUAUGCCGAGGCUGAGAAGAUCGGGGGCAGCUCCUAUCUUGAAGGCUGCCUGGCUUGUGCUACCGCCUACUUCAUCUUCCUCUGCAUGGAGACCCACUACGAGAAGGUCCUGAAGAAGAUCUCCCGCUACAUCCAGGAGCAGAACGAGAAGAUCUUUGCGCCUCGGGGCCUCCUGCUCACAGACCCUGUGGAGCGCGGGAUGAGGGUUAUUGAGAUCUCCAUCUAUGAAGACCGGUGCAGCAGUGGAAGUUCCAGCAGUGGCAGCAGCAGUGGCAGCGGCAGCAGCAGUGCUGGGGGUGGUGGGGCAGGGGCCCGGUGACUGGCCGAGAGUCCCUGCAGGGAGGUGUAUGGCCGCAAUGAGGGCCUUGCAGACCUGCGGCGGCUGCGCUACCAAAGCACCCGCUUCUGAGUCAUUCUCUGGGUCCUGCCCUGCUGCCCCGAGGUGGGAAGCAGGGUAACAUCCCCACACCCUUUACCAUCCACCCUGGCAGGAGCCCUACUUCAGACUGGGGCCUGCCUUUCCCUGUGGGGCUGGUUAGUGUCACUUGAGCCAGACCUACCUAGGGCAGGCUGGGUGGGGAGCACACAGUUAGGACAGCUUCUUUCUUCUGCUUUCCUUCCCCAACACCCUGAAGAGGGCCCAGAGAUUUCCCACCCUGCAUGAUUCCUCACCCCAAAGCCCAUGUCUCCCAGGACUUCCUUACUGUCUCUGACUGUCUCCCAGUGUUACUUCCUUCUGGUCACCGUGAGACCCUGCCUGUCCAUGAUCCUGCCUCUGUGGAAUCAGAGGUCUGGGGAGAUGAAUGCUAUAGUGGGGAGCAGUUCAGCUGCUCCUGACCCCUCCUAGAUCUGUGUUUUUCCUGUCUUCCAACUGGAGCUGGAGGCCACCUCAGCCUUGCCAAGAAGCAGCCAACUCUGAGACCUUGUAGGCCACUGGGCACUGGUUGUAAGAAACACAAUUGGAGGUUGUGUGGGUGUGGAGCAAGUCUUUGCAAGAGAGAGCUGUGGGGAGUUUGAACUUUCUGUAUCAGAGCCAAUUUUUGGAUAUCAGAACUUCUGUGUGUGUAUGUGUGCUUCUGAGUGUAUGAUGAUGCAUGUGUGCGUGUACUUGUGUGCAUGCUGCACAAAUGUGUAAAUGGGAUACGUGUGUGUGCAUUCAUGAUUAUACGCAUACAUGAGUAUAGUGUAUGUCCCCAAAUGUGCCUGAAUGCAUGUUUAUCUGAGUGCACAUAUAUAUGAGCAUGAGUGUGAAUGUUUUCAUGAAGAUGUGUGUAAGAGCACUACAUAAGUGCUUGCAUAAGUGCAAGUAUACAUGAAUGCGUAAGUAUGAAUAUCUGAGCACGUGAGUGCAUGUGUCUGUGUGAGAAUGACUUGUGUGUUUCCUUGGGUGCCGUGCUGAUGGCUUCUCUCUGAGUCCUGCUUUGUCUCAUUCCAUGAUGGCCUACAGCUUCGUGUCUGUGUGGGUCCAGCCUGACCCUGUGAGUUAAUGUCCUAAAAUCCCCGGUUCUUUGCCUGGGCUGCCAACUUGGCUCUUCCUUCUGGUUUCUCUCCCACCUUCUGAUUCCCCUGUGCACAUUUUAGCAGAAGACAGGACGGGGUACUAGGAGAGUAGAGCCAACCUUUUGGUGGCUUUUGGUGCCCCUCUCCCAGCCCCACAAUGGGACAGUGGCUAUAAACACUGCAUAUUCAGCCUGUCCAGGUCCCAGUGCUCUCAGGCUGUGAAGUGAGGAUUCCUCAGACAUUCAAAAGAGCCAGCAACCUGCAAGAGGGAAGGCAGACUCUCUUUGCAAGGAAGGUGGUGGCCAGUCAGGAGUACUCUGGCUCCUGAGGGCAGAGGAGUCAGUGGGAAGGCAGCAGCCUGGGCCCAGUUCCCUGAAGAUGGGCGGAAAGGAGCUGUCUACCUCAGCUGGCAGGAGGUGCUAGAAGUGGCUAUGAAGAACCAGUCCCUUCAGGGAGCUUUCUGGAACCAAAGAGGAGCCUGGUUUUCCCAAGUGAGAGCAGGAUUCCACCCAGAGAGCUGGAGAAGAGUGGCCCCAACCCUGAGGUCUCAGGGAACAUGCACUCCAGAGAGUUCUGGUGCAAGGAUCCCCCAGAGAGCUGCAGCCCCAUGGACUCCAAUUUGGGCCCCUGACUCCCAGCUGUCACCUAUGCCCACUUGACCCCCUGAGUCACUGGGCCUUGUGUCUGACUUGUGCAUCUCCUUUGCGAGAUUUUUUAAAAAAAUUUCUUUUUCCAAUAAAAGGACUUGGCCAACUCUA